AUGACGGAGGUGAAGCUAGAAAAGACGCAAGAGUUUCUGCAGAUCCACCUCGACGAGAACUUCUACCAUCCGUUCAUCAAUAAAACGAAGACCACGCGACAGUACACGACAGGCGAUUUGCUGGAUGUUUACGUGAAGUUCAACGUCGAGAAAUACGUGGAAAUCUUCUUGGAGAACAUCCCUGCCGACGAGAGCAGAGCGACUCUCCUUCUGAAGAAGUGCAAAGAAAUGGAGCAUCUGAAUCUCUGGGAGUUUAUCAUGCUGAGCAAGGCUAUCGGUGAGCUUUCUCUCGAGCUCAUCUCCGCGUUCUUCACGCACUACUACAACGGACAGUGGGCGAACUGUCUGUGCCGUAUCGCUGCGGAGCCCAAUGAAUUCCUGGAGACGGUUCGGAGAGAAUUGAAGCCCUAUAAGAACGAGAUGAUCACGGAUUUUAUUAAGGAUCGGAACGAGAUCGUCGCGAUCCACGUGGCGAUGUACAACAUGCAGGGAAGUCGGGUCAUCUACGAUGGAUUUUGGACGAAGCAUCAGUACAAUAUCCGCGGUGAAUUGCAUUUCGGAGUGAAGUUCUCGGAGAAGGACAAGGCCGAGUACAGUUCAGACACGCUAGCGAUGUUGUACAAGGGCGAUUUCUGCAUGGGGAUUCGGCAUGGAAAAGGAGAAGAGUACGACGGGCAUGGCUGGCUUCUCUAUCAAGGCGAAUUCAGGAAUAACAAGUAUCAUGGCAACGGGAAACUGUUCUAUCCAAUGGGAAAUGUGCGAUACGAAGGCCGGUUUGAGAAUGGCAAGUAUAAUGGAGUGGGCAAGGAGUACGAUUUUACGGGCUUGCUGAAGUAUGUUGGGACAUAUGUGAAUGGAGAGCGGCAUAAGGAAGGUUCUUUGUAUUUAGCUCCGCACUAUUUCCAGGAUGUUGGCUAUUACGGAAAGAAGAAUAUACAGAUGAACGAGUUGCAUUAUCAUCGCGUGGAGAAUUGUAAUUUGGAGGAUUUGAACUAUGGAGACCGCAAUGAAAUGCGGUACACCGAUCAAACGUUCGAGCUCUUCGAGAAGAAAAAGCUUCCGUGUUGUCUCAGAGAGCCCAAGGCGUACAUCUGUAAUGGAAUCGAAAGGGAUUAA